AUGGCUGCGGGAAAGGAGGUUCUGCUGACCUCGGGAGCUGAAAGCAGAUGGUGGCUUAGUGACCCUAUGCGGGGCAGGGGCCAUAAGCCAGUGCUGCUGGAGAGAACAAACCACCUCUGUCCUGAGGCUGCCCUGGGCAGAGGCAGCCAGGAAACAGUUUGUACUGAGCUGGCACUAUCAGCAACCCCCAACAAUCACAGAGGGGAGAAGUCUUGGGCCCAGGAAGUGUCCGGGGAACAAGGGCAGAGCACCUUCACAGAGGUACCUCAGCUCAAGAAGAUGCAGGCUCAGGAGAGGGGACACAGUGGCCUCCAGCAGCUGACCAAGGAUGUCCCCAGUGGCCCAGCCGAUGGCACAGUCUUUGUAGGGCCCAGCGGAGCGUCAGGGGAGCAGAGAAGCGCCUUCAGCAAACCAGCCAGGUGUCCAGCAGGGAGACCUGGGUCAAUAUCUGUCUUCCAAGAAGGUGGAUCUACAGAUACUGGGGAGCUGUUGGGACUCAUCAACAUGGCACACAUUCCAUGUUGGGGUCAGCUUUCAGAUUCCAAGCUUUUGGUGGGUGAUAUCUGGAACUUGAAAACACUGCCACAAAAUGCUCCUCUCUGUACCACUUUCUUGGGUGCCUCCACACUGUGGUUCAAGCAUAUCAUGGUGCAGGUCCCCAUACCCUUGUCAUCUUCCCCAACUGUCUCUUGGACCCUCCUGCCACCCACGUUGACCUCCCUGGGCCUGUCUACCCAGAAUUGGUGUGCAAAGUGCACCCAAUUUUGUCUAACUUCUGACCUAGUCUUCCACAUGCGCUCCCACCACAAAAAGGAGCAUGUGGGGCCUGACCUGCAUUCUAAGAAGUCAAGAGAAGAGGCCCUCACAUGCCCCAUUUGCCACGAGUACUUCCGGGAGUGUCACCAUCUCUCCCGGCACAUGACUUCUCACAGCUAA